AUGAACUUUGUGUAUGUUUGUUACUCUCUUUUAGGCCUUGAUGCAUUCCAGUCAGAGAAGGUGAUGGAGACCCUUAGACAGCUUGCAGAAGAUGGGCACACGGUCAUAUGCUCUAUACACCAGCCGAGAGGCUCAGUCUAUAGCAAAUGUGAUGACAUUGUGCUACUCUCAGAGGGAGAAGUUGUAUAUAUGGGGCCGGCAAAAGAAGAACCUCUAAAAUACUUUGCGUCAUUAGGGUACCAAUGCCCAGGUCAUGAGAACCCCGCUGAGUUCUUGGCUGAUCUCAUUUCCACUGAUUAUAGCUCAGCUGAAAGUGUACAGUCAUCACAUAAAAGGAUUGAGAACCUAAUUGAUGAUUUUGCAAAUAAGGUUCUAAUUACUGAAUUUAACAGUCCAGUAACACAGUCGGAGGGCUCUGAAUUUUCUACCAAACCUGCUCAGAAGUCCACUAGCAAGCAAAGACGUGGUUGGUGGAGACAAUUUCGUUUGAUAUUCAAGAGAGCAUGGAUGCAUGUUUUUCACGGAGCCUUGUCUGAUAGUGUCUUCCAGCUUUUUUCCUACUUCUGCCUUGAAAUUCGUUGA